GGCUCAAGGGUCCCAGACUCGCAGCAGCAGCAGCAGCAGCAGCAGCAGCAGCAGCAGCAGCAGCACCUGUGGGGAAGACUAGAGGCCAGAGCCAUGGACGAUCAGCGUGACCUCAUCUCUAACCACGAGCAGACGCCCAUGCUGGGCCAGCGCCCUAGAGCCCCAGAGAGGUGCAGCCGCGGAGCCCUGUACACAGGCUUUUCUGUCCUGGUGGCUCUGCUUUUGGCUGGGCAGGCCACCACUGCUUACUUCCUGUACGAGCAGCAAGGCCGGCUCGACAAGCUGACUGUCACCUCCCAGAAUCUGCAACUGGAGAGCCUUCGCAUGAAGCUUCCUAAAUCGGCCAAACCUAUGAGCCAGAUGCGGAUGGCUACUCCCUUGCUGAUGCGGCCAAUGUCCAUGGAAAGGAUGCUGCACGGGCCUGUGCAGAAUGCUACCAAGUACGGCAACAUGACCCAGGACCAUGUGAUGCACCUGCUUAUGAGAUCUGGACCCCUGACAUUACCACAGCUGAAGGGAAGCUUCCCAGAGAAUCUGAAGCAGCUUAAGAACUCUCUGGAUGGAAUGGACUGGAAGGUCUUCGAGAGCUGGAUGAAACAGUGGCUCUUGUUUGAACUGAGCAAGAACUCCCUGGAGGAGAAGCUCACUGAGAUUCAGCCUAAAGCUUCAGUACUGACCAAGUGCCAGGAAGAAGUCAGCCAUGUCCCCGAUGUCCACCCUGGUGCGUUCCGUCCCAAGUGCGAUGAGAACGGUAACUAUAUGCCACUCCAGUGCCACGGGAGCACUGGCUACUGCUGGUGUGUGUUCCCCAACGGCACUGAGGUCCCUCACACCAAGAGCCGCGGGCGUCAUAACUGCAGCGAGCCACUGGACCCGGAGGACCUGACUUCUGGCCUAGGCGUGACCAAGCAGGAUCUGGGCCAAAUUAUGCUGUGAAGACACAGGCCAGCUCUGCACAGCGGCAGCUCCCCCGCUCUCCUGGGCCCUAGCCUUCUUGCAGUCCCUGACGUCACACCCCACUUCCCAUCUCCCUGCACUUUGGGGCUUGAGCCUGGUGUCUGCUUCAUCAUCCCAGGACACGACAAAUAAAACCAGGACAGAAUGAGGAUGCUGGAGGGCCCUGCUGCCUUCUAGCUAAAGGAACACAAAGCUCAGAGUGGGCAAAUCGAGGUGCACCCCCC